AAUUCUAAAUAAUAAGGAAUUUCUUGACAAAAUAAUGCCAGGAUAUGUUUGUUGUGAAGGAAUGACGGCGUUUGACAGUCACGUCACCUCAAUGGAUUUCUCCGUGGCCAUUUCGUCAACUCUCCAGUUCCUGGCGGAACUGGGUGAAGAAAAUAUCUCGGUCACAUGUGAAGCAAAACGACGCGAUAUACAAGAACUUCUCAUAAACGUCAAAGAACAAACCAAUCAGUUUCGACAACCGACGAGGCAAAACAGUGACAUCAACCAGAAUACCACCGUCCUGGGACCAAACAGACUCAGUUUGGAAACUCUCCACCUGAAGGGUCUGUGUGAGCCACAUAAAUCGAAAAAACACCGCCAUCAUGGCCUUGGCCAUCACUCUAAACGAAAUGGCGAUUCUGUACCGCAUGUUACCUCGGAAUCACAUCCGAGGAGCAAGGGCAGUGAAACUGAGAGCCCCGCGAAAGAAAUUCCGAACCAAAAUGGAGACUUGGCCAAAGUGAUCGAAGAAGCAAUGCCAGAGCAUGAUCACGUUUGGUCAAGGUCGUCAAUGUCAACAAAAAGGAGGUUUUUCGACAAGGAAUCGGCUUCAGAUGAAGAAGCAAAUGGUUCAAAGAACGAUGAAAAUGUUAUGAUGGCAGAGGAGGAAGAAGACAAAUCGGCAGAAGGACCAGACAACGAAAUGCCGGAACCGGAUGUGACGAUGGAGCGCACGAAUGUGACGUCGAUAGACUCUCAAACCGCAUUGCCCAUCCUAAAGAUUGAACGCGUGAGAAACCCGUCGAGCCUCAGCGAAGAUGAAGAACGUGGGAACAACGAAUCGGUCAUCGAAAUCCCCGAACCACGCGGCCGCAAUAUCCGAAGAGACUCGGUUACUGAACGAGUGAAGCGGAAACUUCGCAAAUAUCUCAAAAUGGAGAUGAGGGGAUCUUUUGACGUUUCUAUGGUCGAUCUCCUGGAUCCUGAUUUUUCUGGUUGGUUGAUUGACCAGGCAGACGAUAGCAAGAAGUGGUGCGUCAUCAAUGAUAUGUUGUUUUGUGUCUUCGAAAACGACCAAUCAAACUUGGCUAGUGAUGUGUUCGUUCUUCCGGCAUGCGCCGUGCGCGAGAUGUUCUUCCGGUCGUCGGCCGGAAACGGAAGUACAAGGAAGUAUCAGAUUGUUGUGAGUAGUACGUGCAAUGAGAAGGAGAAAGUCUUCGCCGCUGAUAGUAUCGUGGAUCAUAAUGAAUGGCUUCAGGCCCUGCGACACGCUGUUGAUCACAGUACGGACAUUUACUCAUCAGACGAGAGCGCCAGUGAUGUUGAUGCGGAUUCCGUGAACGGAAGCAUGGGCAGUGGGUACUACCCAACCCCUGUGAAGGACAUGAAGGAAUCCCCUGGGUAUAACCCAACCGCCAAAGGAUCAGUGACGCGGGAUGAUAAACUACACCAGCAUGAUACUGGUGGUGGAACAGCACUGUUCCGCAAAACGGACUAUCUUGCCGGGGACUCGCCUCAGAGCUCCACCGGUAGCUACAAAGCCCCGUCGACUUCUGACGAAUCUGGUGAUGAAGAAGGCCUGGCACCUCUUCCGACGUCCAAACCACCGCAACUCUCCCCUAUGCCGCAGAGGAGAGUCUCAUACCUAAUGGCAACCAAUCGGGAACAGCAGAAAUCUCAGGCAAAUAAGCAAACUAAACAUUCACAUUCAAAAUCUUUGAUGGAAAAAAUUACGCCAAAAAGAUCAAAAGGGUUCGCUGGGUUGAAAUUGCCACGCUCGCCGGUACCCAUGCGCAAACACAACGGCGGGAAAAAGGGAGUAAAGAAGGUCAAGGUUACUUUAGAAUCGCUCAAAAAGGUCACCUUGGCAACGUAUUUGAGAUUUAAGGACCAUAACAAAGUUACAAAAUGCUGGUGUGUGAUACACGAAGGUAAAAUGUAUUCAUUUAAGACUAAAGGUCCAGCUGAACGUUGUGAGAUAUGUGUUGAUUUGAGUGUAAGUCAUGUCGCAAUAACGGACAAGGUCGGAUUUGAGUUCAAGGUCACGUCUGAUGGGAACGACCACGUCUUCGCUGCACAGGAUCGAUAUGAUUUCAGUCGUUGGAUCCAGGAACUUUUGCCCGGAAAUGACGUACAAGUUCCGAAUGUAGCUUUGUCGUCUGCUCUUCGUAGCACGACCGAAUCGUUUUGCUUUGACGAUGGCGUUCGGAGAUCUCUGGAAGACCUUGUCGACCUCAGAUCGGAACAAGAUUCGGCAUUGUCCAUAGACGAGAGUGCUCUUCGUAAAAAUAGGCACGGAACUCCAUCGCCUCUGAAACGCUUUGACAAUGACACUUAUCGGCGUUCAACGGGCCACAUGCUCACUGACGCCAAACCUCCAACGGUUGCGAAGGUGCCUCAUCACAGAAAGUCAAAGGAUGACACGUACUCUGCUGAAAUCAUCAAAGCAAUUCAUUCAAAUCCAUUAGAUGCCGAGUCGCCAACGAAAGAGGUGCCUGAUCCAGCCAAAGCUUUGGAUGACCCGGACUGUGGUGACGAGAAGGCUAAGGAACACGACUCUCCGCUUCAAGGUCAAACACGAGAGCAAAAUUUUGCAACUUUGCAAAUUGAUGCAAAGACGGAUUCUAGUUCUGAAGAAAUCAUUAUCCCAAGUGAUCAAAGUACCUUGGCACCCGCUGUAGCACCGGUGCUCCAUUCUAGCCCCCUGACCUUGAAAGUUAACCUUGACCUUGACCUUUCCGCUCCGGGGACGGAGAGCCCCGUACUGUCAGAGGGAUUGGCCUACAGCGCGGCAAGUGAAUGCAGCAGCGAAGACGAUUUGAAUAUUUACAAUGAAAACAGGAGAGUGGAAGCGGAGCUAUCUGAGAGAUGGCAGCGCCAAAGGCGAAGUGGUUCCCUGGAGACACCCUUGAGGAGAAACCUCCAGCCCGCGGCGCUGAAACGACACUUCUCCGACAACAGCAUCAAGAGGGACUCCCUUGCUUCUACUGCAAGUGAGGAAGGGCACAACCAAGAAAGAACCCGUAAGCGUUCAAGUAGUGUCAACAUCCCUACGGACUAUCACAACCAGUGUCUGGAGCCGAAGUACGGUGUGUUACGUUCCGCCAGCAAUGACAGCUUCCAUCAAGGACGGCCCAGCAUCAUCCCCCGGAUAGCACUUGAGGGUCAGGUCGAGGCGGUAGAUGAGAACGGGAUAUGUCAAAGCUUUUGGGCAGUUUACAAUGAUCUGACCCUGGGACUUUACGCUAACCAUACAGCAAUCGACCCCGAGACCCUCAUCACCUUGUCCAGAUAUUCUAUCGUUAUGGACGAAGGAGGGCUGGACAGAAGACCUGGCAUUAAACUGUCACAGAAGGAUAGUGGCUCCAUCCUAUUAUUCGCUGGCUCCGAAGAGACGACGCGCCGAUGGCAUGACGUCAUGAAGGACGACCUCACGAAGCUGUCAAUCGAAGGUCUGAACUUGGAGGAUGCCAACAGUAGAGAUUUUAAAAUUGAUAUCGAUCAUCACUUAGAGGAGGAAGAAAAGAAGCGAAAAUUCAUUGAAGAACUCGCCAAAAUACGGAAAGAACAACUCCUCAAUGAACUUCUUCAACAAAAACACGACCUUGAACUCAAGCAAGCGAGGCGGAAAUCAUCCAAGAAGGUGGCCACGCCGGAGUGCGCUGAUCUCGACCACGAUCACGUGACUGGUGAGGCUUCUGACGUCAUGGACGGGCAUACUGAGCUACAGAUGGUCAGGGAUAUUACUUACCUGAAGCAGAGGAGAAUCUCAACUCAAAUUAAGGUCGACACGAUCCAGAAACAACUUCACGAAUCUCAGAAGAAACCUGAAAAACGCUUAUUCAAAUUCACCAUGAACAAGAAGGACCAUAGCACUGAUAACGCACACAAUAAGCCAAAGAUGGACCAAUUAGAAUCACAUUUAAAAGAACUCACCGGAAAACUAGAAACUAUAAGCGAGAGCUUAACGAAACAGCAAUCUCAACAAGAAAAGCUCAAAAUCAGAAACGAAAAGAAACGAAUGCAUAACUCAUUUAGUUCAAGUGAUAUGUCUAAGAAUCUUUCGCUAUCUGCGACGUUGGAGUCACGAAAAUCCUCGGCUAGCACGGAGGACCUGAGUCAGUCCUCUUCCCAAUUGGCCGCGGUUUAUUCCCGGGCGCGGUCGCAGACCUCACCAGAUGGUGCUGAUGUUGUCGCCAGGAAAGUCAGUGAGGGUGUGAAAGAUAAACACAAACGAUUAAGCGAGCAGCCGAGACCGAAGCCAAAAUUGGAAAUUGACCCGAAUGCUUUGGCGGAAAUUGAGGAAUUUGAAAAGAUGUCCAAGAUGUUUUUGCGAUCGCAUAGCGAAGGCUUCCGGAUUUAGCGAGAUACGGAUUAAUCCGACGAAUUUCGUACUACAUGCGUAACCUGAUUCCUAAGGAAAGACUGACACACUUUAUAAAGCAGUAGUCAACCUUUUUACAUUUAGAGUGUGACGGGCGCUUCAAUCUUACCAACUUAUGGUAGGAACGGUAUCUCAUGUAAAAAAACUUUUGUCCCUGGGAGAAAGUGUCUGUGGAACAGAAGACUACAAUGCAUGCUCAGGUAAUCGUCUCAAUAACCAUGUCUGUGACCGUAGCCCAGGUUAGGACACUAUUUCAAGGUGGACACUGUUUCCUUACACAGGUUUACUUUGUAUCAAGUGACGUCUGAGAUGGACUUAGAACAGCUGAUUUAUCAGCAACGUAUUGGCGACAGAAGGACUGGGAUGCUUAAAAAUUGCACCAGUCCAAAUAAACUUGUCGUCUGAAAGAUGGACGAAGACACAAACAUUCGAGCUCACGAUUGAAAAUAUAGGCUGGAGUGAUGCUCUCAAUCGAAUGUUCAGUAUAUCAGAACAGUUUACUCUCAAAAUGUUGUUAGUUCGAGUUACAAAUGUCGAAGGACUUGCACAUAUUUAUAUAACAUCUUUUAUUGACUAUACGUGAAUGCUUUACAUUAUGAUUAUGUUCUUGAAUACAGCCAGAUGAAAUUAUAUACCUUUAACAUGAUUGUGAGUGAUUCUUUUCUUCACAUCUUUUCCCUUAUAAGAUACUCCAGU